CGCCGACUGCACUAGAUUACCUGGGUCAUGCUCACCUGACAUCGUCAAACAGAAAUACACAGCAUGAACUAGAUCGCUCAACUACGUCGACUGAACAAAACGCCCAUGGCCUCGCUCGUGUCCUCCGGCGCCCUCCAACCCAUCCCUCUGAAUCGAGUCCUUCGGACCCAAUCCCGCCAUCUCCACCACCACGGCGAAAGCAGCAGCGCACUUCCCCCGCUCAAGAAGCGCAGAACAUGCUUCGACCCGACUCUUGCUUCCGGGGCCCCUGGGCCGCCGACUGAUUGGAUCUCGCGGCCGAUUACGAUCCGGGCACCCACCACCUCCCUCUUCAAGGAACCAUUGGUCCUCGCGCCAAUUGCCCUGAUCCCACGCUCUCGCAUCCCAUUCGCCUGGUUGGAGUACGCACCGCCCAGCGCUACCUCUGCAUCGGCUUUGACGGCAUCGUCGUCGUCGCAGGUCCAAUCGGGUUGUCUUGUCGUCGCGCAUAUCCCGGUCCUCGAAUACUAUGACGGCGGGGCUGCUCGGACGGGUCGGGAGAAGAUGGUGCUCGCUGCUAGGAUGGCGCCCGGUGGAGGGCUGGUGGUUGUCGAGCGGGUGAAAAGGGGGAUCUUUGCGUUGUUGAGGGUCGCCGAGGCGGUUGGGGAGGGGGAGUUGGUUGUUACGGGGAAGGAGGGGGUGCGUGCUGAGGUUGGGGAGGGGAUUUAUGAUCAGGGGCUUGGUCGUGAUGUGCAGGAUUAUGAGGAAGAGAACAAAGGUAAAGGUAGUAUUGGGGGGGGUGAGUGGUGGGCUGCGGCGAGGAUCGAGGAGCCUGAUUCCCUAGGCUUGCAGCAUGUGGGCAAGAGGGCCAAGGUGGAGGUUGCUGUUGUUUUUGCUGGCACGGUUGAGUGUGAGGUGCCGCCGCUACAGAAGGAUACUGCUCAUGGUCGGGGCUCGCAGGCUGUGACGCCUCAGAUUGCGGUUGCGUUGGAGAGGAGCUCCAGUGUUGCUGGGGUGGAUGCUUGUGCUGAGGCUGGUGCUGGUGCUGGCGUUGAUGCUGCUCAGGCGCUGGCGCAGGAGAGUGUGGAUGCGCUACGGUCCCCGCAGGACUUUCUGGAUAACCUGCGGGAGCAGUAUUUGCAGGCGCUUUAUAUCUCGAAGACAUCUGUGGCGUACUUUGCUAAAGGUCCUCUUGCGCGCUGCCGGGCUGCGUUUCAAUCGUCUGAGUCCGAAGGCAGUAGAUCUCAGGAUCUGAUUGAUUUCUACAGGGAAGCUAUCCUUCUCGCUAAGAAGAUGGAUCUCAAGUAUCGCGAGACCCUGCCUGCUAUGCUUAGUGAUUUGCUACUUACUUUGUCGGAUGAUGAAGCGGCAACCAAGAAGAAGAAACGCAAGAGCACAAAGAAGAAGCUCGGCAAGAAUGGGCUGUACCCUGAAGAGACCGACUUAGUCCGCAAGUGGUGGAAGAACCGGACGCUCAGCGAUCAGGGACUGUCCGCGGAAGGCCCGGCGUCGAGGGAGACGGAGUCUAAGAAGAUGAUUGCCGAUCUACGUCUGCGCGAAACGCAAUUGCAAAUCCUUCUCAUCUUGGAAACAAUGUCUCUUGAAGCGGCUGUCGCUGAAAGUGAGCAGAACAAACAGACUGAUGAUGCUGAAGGCGCGACAGAGGUACCCGCCAAGAAGGAGUCGAAGAACCAAAAGCAGCAGGAUCUGAAUACCAUGCUCGAACUUCACCUUGACCGACUGUGCAUCUGGUACGCUGUCAGCUUUGAGGAGUCGGUUGUCCCUGAUGCAGGUGCGACGUACGGCCAGAACCACCUCUCCGGAAAGAAGGUCGAGAGCGACGCUGUUAGGGACUUCUGCACGGAAGUGAUUAUUCCCUUCUAUGCAUCCCGCCUGCCCGAUAAGUGCAAGUCCAUCACCCGGAAACUGGGCGUCUCGAGUGCUGUUUCACCUUUCACGAAGCAGGCUCAGACCAAGAAGGCGCCCAAGGGCGAGCCUGGUACUCCUGUUGAACGGCAACAGGCGCAGAAGCAGUCUCGUCGUCGUACCUUCCAGCGUGUUCUUACAGAUCAGAUGACGUCUCAGCCUCGCCACAUCCCGUCUCUGAGCCGGUCGAACACUACGCCAGCGCAGGCUGAGGCGAGACGCAAUUCCUUGGAUCCAUUGUUACCGAUCGCCGGUGCAAGCGUGCGUGGAGGGAUUCAGAAGGCCAAGCGCGCUGAGAACCGCGAAGUCGACCUGAACGCCGUGACGCGUCAGCACGAGACGAAGCUCAAGAAGAUGCAGAUGCUGGUCGAGCAGAAGAAGGAGCUGGAUGCGGCCAUCAACGCUCUGCGCAAGCCCAAUCGCGAACUCGUGGCCAAGGAUAUUGCCGAUGAUGCUGUUAAGCGGCAUUCUACUGGCACUGUGCACAGCACCAGCACCCGGAAGCCGAAGAAUCCCGUUCGCAAUCCCAUGGGACAAGGAGUGCAAGUCGCAGCCACACCUAAGAAGGGCAGUCGGAAGAAGGACGCUGUCGUGGGGAUGCCUCCUGUCCCCACGACUUUCGUGCAGUCAUCAUCCAUCUCUAAGCCCACGUUCUCGAUAUCCUCUCCCUUCAACAGUGAACCUCAGGUGAUCCCUGGAUCGGCUAUUCGGUCUGGUUCCUUGUUCUUUGGCUCAGCCGGUCGUGGCGAGGGCAGCACGGUCCAGGAGACCCCUAUUCGUCGACCAGCGCAGCCAAGAGUGGCUAAUCCCACGGCAUCACCUUUGUCGAGUGGUUCCGGUGCCCUCUUCAGGGUCCCGCCUCGUCAAUCGGUGCCAGCAGCCCCGCACCCUGUGGACAUGGCCCCCUCCACACCGGUUCAGACUCGUCGGCACGUGGACACCUUCCUUCCGCGCGUCAAGCCAUCGAUGGUGAUGGAGACACCCCCCAAACCGGCCCUCAUACCCGCUGCUCUCCCUGCUGGGAUACCUAUCCCGGAAGACAACCCUGUCCCCAGCCAUGUUCUUUCCGUUGAAACCCCCGUCAAAGCGCCGGCAGCCGUGUUUAGCACGCCGGUGCGGAAGCCCAGUGCUGCCAAGCUGAUGGUGCCGGCCACCUCAGCGGCGGUGCCGGUCACGCCGGAGAAAUCAAUCUAUUCGGCACUGGGGUGGGAUGAUGAUGAUCUUGCAAUGUAGGCGUUUGAGCUCUCUGUUUGGGUUGAUUUGUACAUUGGCGGUGCUUUUUCUUGUCAUGCAUUCAGCGGGCGUCUACUGGGCACAUUCUUUUUGUUCGGGUCCCAACGUACUAGUUUAUUGAUAUAUCCAGAUAGUGAAGGUAUGUAGAAUGGGAGAAGUUUUUUAG